ACCAUGGCAACAUGUCAGGAAGUUCUUCACUUCUAAAAAACAAAAGUGUUUCAAUCCUUCUUGAUCACGAUGCCUAGGCCAGUCAUAGAGAGCAACUCAGCACACCUCUAUCCAAGAGAAAGAGCGCCCCCUGUCAGUUUGGAUUGGAUCGAUGGCAAAAAUGUUAGGCUACUUAGAGUGGCCAACCACAGAGAGGCUUUUAGGUUCAAAAAGCUCAGCCAGGCUCUAAGCACAAUUGAGAACCUCCACAAAGCCUGUUGGCUGCGUGAGGAGAAGAGAGUCCGUCAGAGUCUCCGGAGGUUGGUCAGUGUCUCCCCCCCCUGCUCCAGCCGAACGCUCUUCAAGAGGAGCAGUGACGCCUGCUCCAAAGCGUCCGUGCGCGGGGACAGCGUACUGGAGCUGCCUCCCUGUGUGGUAGUGCGAGGAGGAGGAGGAGGAGGAGGAGGAGGAGGUGAGGAGGGGUCCGUUGCCCCAGUGCAGAGUCAGCAGAGCACCGCCAUGGCCUCCCCAUGCUCCGGCUACAAAGGUUUGCUCCCCACCCUCCCCAACGCUCCUCUGACCUCCCUCACCCCUCCGGUGCACAACACCCCCCGCUCCGCCACGCCCUCCACCUCCCGCAGAAGCAGUGCGUUCCCCAGCAGCCUGAUGAUGGGCGCCGGGGGCACGGAGAUGGGCACGCCCGGACCCCUGCUGCCCACGCCCAGCCUGCUGGCCUUGCUGCCCCCACACCUGUCCCCGGAGCUCCACGGGCUGCAGGAGGCCGUGCUGGGCUUCCCCCUGUUGCAGAAGCGUGUCCGCGAGCUCAUAGCCCGCGCCAGGCAGGUGGAGCAGGAGAGGCAGGAGAGGCGCAGUGUCACACUCAAGCCACUAGAGGCACUGCGGUGCAGGUACCUGCGUCUGUCCGAGAGCAACAUCAGCACUCUGCUCGAGCUGUGCAAGGAGUCUGGGGUCGAUGUGGACAUCCACCCCCACAUGAAGGACUCAGACAUCGACAUCUCCAACCUAUUCAAGAGCUCGUCAUCUCCUUCAUCCAGCACUGAGCUGAUGUGAUUAAUCUCUCUCUCUCUCUCUCUCUCACACACACACACACACACACACACACACAUUGUAAGCAUAGAAUUAAAUGCAUAUGCUGACAAGGAUAGACAUAUUCAGUCAUAUGCAACAUAUGCAAUUCAGUCACACACAAAAUAUACAGUCUAAUCGAGCAACUAUGAAAUUUCAUAUAUCAUAUAUUUCAUCAGUGAAGAAAUAGUCAAUAAAGCAGUAACCCCAUUUCUGUUUUGAUAUUCAGCCACUAGAGAGCGCUCCAGAGUUGUUGUUCAGCGAGCAUCACUCUUGAAUGCAUCAGUUCCAGCUGACCGAGCUCGAUCUCACAAAAUGGGGUUUAAGUCGGUCAUGUCUGUGCUUGGCUCCUACUGAAAACACACGGAGUCCUAGUACCAAGGCGCAAAAAUACAACUCAAGUCAUUCUGGGCACUUGGGGGAAAUCUUUUUAAUGACUAGAUAACUU